AUGCUGCAGCUUGCCCCUGCAGCGGGUCCCGCUGACUUCGCAGUGGAGCGCCCCGGGCUCUUUGCCAGCGCUGACAGCGGCGCCCAGCCCAGCCACUACCCCGCUGGCGGCGGCGGCUACGCCGCGUCCCAGACCCACGCGGCCCCCACGGUCCUGGAGGGCACCCCCCAGUUUGGGGGCCAGACCUACUCCACAACGCAGGCCAGCCAGCAGUGGGGGGUCCGGGACGUGCCCACGCCGCGGCAGCUGGUGGCGCAGCUGGACCAAUGGGUUGUCGGCCAGGCGGGCGCCAAGAAGACCCUUGCAGUGGCUGUGUACAAUCAUUUCCGGCGGCUGCAGAACAAGAAGCAGCUCCUGCAGCGCCCGCAGCAGCAGGCCGGCGCGGCGGGCGGCCCCAUGGACCCCCAGGCGGGCCGCGUGGGGUUGAUGGAUGCCCUUCCCACAGAGCGCGGCGGCGCGGGCAGCCUCUCCGCCGGCAGCGCGGCGAGCGGCGGCGGCGGCGGGGACGCGGCGGCGGUGGCGGCGGCGCACGAGGAGUUUCUGGAGGUCGAGAAGAGCAACAUGGUGAUGCUGGGCCCCACCGGCAGCGGCAAGACGCUGCUGGCCAAGACCCUGGCGCGGCUGGUGAACGUGCCCUUCGCCAUGGCGGACGCCACGACGCUCACACAGGCGGGCUAUGUGGGCGAUGACGUGGAGUCGAUCAUCUACAAGCUGCUGCAGGCCGCCAACUUCAACGUGGAGGUGGCGCAGCACGGCAUCGUGUACAUCGACGAGAUCGACAAGAUCGCCAAGAAGAGCGCAGAGGGCGUGACCAUCACGCGUGACGUCAGCGGGGAGGGCGUGCAGCAGGCCCUGCUCAAGAUGCUGGAGGGCACGCAGAGUGAUGAUGAGCUGGGCUCGGGCGGCCGCCGCUGCAGUCGACUGCCAAAGCUCAAGGCAUUCAUGGUCAACGUGCCGGAGAAGGGCGGCCGCAAAAACCCCCGCGGGGAGUUCAUCACGGUCGACACCAAAGACAUCCUGUUCAUAGUGGGGGGCGCCUUCAUCGACCUGGAGCGCCAGCUCAUGGAGAGCAGGCACCAGGCGUCCAUCGGCUUCGGCAGCAAGGUGCGCGCCGCCAGCAUGGGGCGCCACGGCGGCCCCCGCAUCGCGUCGGCCAUCCUGCGCCAGGUGGAGCACUCUGACCUGAUCCACUACGGCCUCAUCCCCGAGUUUGUGGGCCGCCUGCCCAUCAUCUCCGUGCUGCAGGCAAGCGCGCGUCAGCACGAGCUUAACGAGGACGAGCUGGUGCGCGUGCUGUCGGAGCCGCGCAACGCGCUCAUCAAGCAGUAUCAGCAGCUGUUCAGGCUCAGCGGCGCCCGCUUCACGGUCACGCCUGCCGGCGUCCGCGCCAUCGCGCGCCGCGCGCUCUCCCGCGGCACCGGCACGCGCUCCCUCCGCUCUAUAAUGGAGUCCCUGCUGCAGGGCGCGAUGUACGAGGUUGCGGAUCACGCGCCCGGCGCAACCUCGGACGGCAAGGCGGGGGCCUCGGGCCUGCGGAAGCUGGUGGUGCUGGACGAGGACGGGGUCGUCCAAGGGACGGGCGCGCGCAUCGUUGAGGGGGACGAGGUUGAGCAGAUCAAGGGGACCGUGGGCGAUGAUGACAGCGAGAUUGCAGCUGAGGUGCGGUGA